ACUCACGGGAUUUAUCACCAGGUAUUUCCUGAGCUUGCGCGCGAGUCUCAAGACGCAUGCGCACCCGGGGCUCCGCUGGCGCUGCACUGCUCAUGUUACCUACACGCCUAACGCGCUGGCUGCUGUGCGGUGUCCUGCGCGGAUCCGCGUCUCCCAUUUCGCGCCAUGGCUUCCCGGAGCCGCUCUUGGAGAGGAGAUGUGCGGCUGCCUUCUCCUUCUUGGGCCGUAGGCUUCCUCGUGGCCCCGCGGCAAAUGGGGACGACCAAAGAGACACUGGCGUGGAGGAGCGGUUUUUGUUCCCCGAGUACGUCCUGGAGCCGGAGCCCGCGCCCACCCCUGAGGAGGUGCGGGAGGUGGUGCGGCAGCAGCAGGAGAAGGAGCGGCAGCGGCGACAGCGGCAGGAGGAGAAGCUUCAGCAGAAACUGCGGCCUGAAGGCCUCGUGCCCCCAGCCGCGGAGUUCCCCGACCCCCCAGUGCCGGCCAGCGGUCUGCAUUGCUCGGGCUGCGGGGCUGAGCUGCACUGUCAGGACCCCCACGUGCCCGGCUAUCUUCCUGGCGAAAAGCUGCACCGGGCGGCGCCGGCGGACGGAGGCUCGGGGCGGCUUGUGUGCCAACGCUGCUGGCUGCUGCUGCACCACCGGCGUGCGCUGCGCCUGCAGGUGACCCGGGGACAGUACCUGGAGCUAGUGAGCGCCGCGCUACGGAGGCCGGGCCCGGCCCUGGUGCUCUAUAUGGUGGACCUGCUCGACCUGCCCGACACCCUGCUGCCCGAGCUGCCCGCGCUCGUGGGCCCCAAGCAACUCAUCGUCCUGGGUAACAAAGUGGACUUGCUGCCCCAGGACGCGCCCGGCUACCUGCGGCGGCUCCGGGACCGGUUGUGGGACGAAUGCGUCCGCGCGGGGCUCCUGGCGGCCCCUGGUCACCAAGGGCCACAGCACACCGGCGGGGACGAGGACGCAGAGGAGGACGGGAAUUCGUUGGCUAGGUCCCGCACGGUAGUCAGGGACGUGCGUCUGAUCAGCGCCAAGACAGGCUACGGAAUUGAAGAACUCAUCUCUGCGCUUCAGCGCGCGUGGCGCUACCGCGGCGACGUCUACUUGGUGGGCGCCACCAACACCGGCAAGUCCACUCUCUUCAACACGCUCCUGCAAUCCGAUUACUGCACUGCCAAGGGCGCUGAAGCCAUCGACAGGGCUACCAUCUCGCCUUGGCCAGGUACUACGUUAAACCUUCUGAAGUUUCCUAUUUGCAACCCAACUCCUUACAGAAUGUUUGAAAGGCAAAAAAGACUUAAAAAUGAUUCAAGUAAAUCAGAAGAAGAUCUUAAUGAGCAAGAACAAAAUCAGCUGAAUGUCUUGAAAAGGCAUGGUUACGUAGUAGGAAGAGUUGGAAGGACGUUCUUGUAUUCAGCAGAACAGAAGCAUGACUUUGAGUUUGAUGCCGACUCACUUGCCUUUGACAUGGGAAAUGAGCCUGUCAGGGUUAUGGAGAAACCUGCCAAGCGAGUAGAGUUGACUCCACAAGAUGUAAAAGAUGCUCACUGGUUUUAUGACACCCCUGGAAUUAUGAAAGAAAAUUGUAUUUUAAAUCUUCUAACAGAUAAAGAAGUAAAUAACGUUUUGCCAACAUACUCCAUUGUCCCAAGAACCUUUGUGCUUAAACCAGGAAUGGUUCUAUUUCUGGGUGCCAUAGGCCGCAUCGACUUCCUGCAGGGAAACCAGUCAGCUUGGUUUACAGUUGUGGCUUCGAACUUCCUCCCCGUGCAUAUCACUUCCUUGGAUAAGGCGGAUGCUGUGUACCAGAAGCACGCAGGUCAUGCCCUGCUCCAGGUUCCAAUGGGUGGAGAAGAACGAAUGGCAGAAUUUCCUCCUCUUGUUGCUGAAGACAUUACAUUAAAAGAAGGACUUGGGCAGUCUGAAGCAGUGGCUGACAUCAAGUUUUCCUCCGCAGGUUGGGUUGCUGUGACACCUCAUCUGCAGGACAGGCUGCAUCUCCGAGGCUACACACCCGAGGGGACGGUCUUGACCGUCCGGCCUCCUCUCUUGCCAUAUAUCGUUAACAUCAAAGGACAACGCAUCAGGAAAAGUGUGGCCUACAAAACCAAAAAACCUCCUUCCCUGGUGUACAAUGUGCAGAAGAAAAACAGAUAAAUACGUGAGCCAGACCUGGGUCACCCUGAAUGUAAACUUAUUAGACGUAAAAAUAGCAGUGGAAUUGUAGUGUUACAUCUAGAAUGAAGUUUCCCCACUCUUUUUAAGGAGUUUAACUUCUUAAAAUGAUGCAGGACUGUGCUUUUGGGUAAUAUACCGGGUUCAGGUCAGAAAGCCCUAUUAGACAAAUAAGGUGGGAGAGACAGAGAACAGCUUUGGGGAGGGUGUCAGGGGUCCUCCCCAGAAUGGGGAAAAGCCUCAAACUGACUCAAACCCUGGAUUUUCUGCGGAACAACCAAGGCAUAGAGUUCUGCUGAGCACAGAUGUUUUAGGUAGCAGUGUAGGCAAACAAAGCCUACUGGCAGUUCCACUGAAUAAUGAACUUUAAUCUCACGGUGCCCUUGGGAGCUUCCUUGUUUUCCCUGUGAGGCGUAGGGUCUCUCUCUGCCCAAGCUGGCAAAGCAUCCGUCCUCAAGACGCUUCCAUCCCUCAGAGUUAGCAGUCUUCCGCCUCACAAGUCAACUGAGCAGACAAUUGGGUGUCACUGGAGCUCCACAAUAAUGUAUUGAGUUUAUAAAUAAAGAUUGUUUUUUGUAAGGCA